UGUUGGAGCCGCCAAGAGCAGCACAGGCGCCAGGGUGCACGACGCGCAGCACUCGCGCGCCCUGUCUAAGCUACACUCAGCAGUGCAGAGGUACGCCGCGUCGAGCGGGAACCGUGCGGAGCGCUCUGCUGCGAUGAAUGCUCGCCUGUGCGCUCGCGUCUGUGACGCGUGAUACCCGCGGAGGCCUAGCCGCGCGGCAAGACAGAGAAGGCUGAGCAGGCAGUGCAAAAAGCUCUCAGCAAGUUGUGGCUUGCUGAGGCGCGUAGCCGUCGUCAGCGCGUGAGCGCUCGUUUGUCAGUCUAACAAUGCGUUUCGCUCGAGUGCUGCUGCUGCUGCAAGCCUGCAGCGCACUGCUGUGGCACCAGCCUCCACGCUGUCGCCGCGCCCAGCCGCCCCGCGUCGGCACGAGUCUGGACGACUUUCCGGCGGCGCGCUGCACGGAUGCCUGUAAACUGCGGACGACGGGCACGUUGCCAAAAUGGCUCGCGGGCGCCGUCGUCCGCAACGGUCCCGGCCGCUUCACGACUGCGAGGCAGAACUGCAGCCACCUUUUUGAUGGGAUGGCGCUGUUGUCGCGCUUCGAAGUGGACGGCGCCACGAAUUCUGUGAAGUGGACGAGCCGCUAUCUCCGGUCGCAAGCCUACGAGUACGCUUCUACCAAUGGAGGACUGCUCUACAACGAGUUCGGGACGGCCGCCGGCGUGGGGCUUGCUGGGAGGGCCGUCUCGUUGAUGCGCGGCGUUUUGGCCGGAGGCACCACGGACAACGCGUGCGUGUCGGUCGUGCCGACUGCCGAUGGACGCGCCGUCUGCCUCUCGGAGCCGACGCGGGCUUCGUACGCCAUCGAUCCUAAAACCCUGGAGACGCUAGGCGCGCACUCGUAUAAAGGGAGCGACCUGCCCGGGCUGCUGCACACCGCGCACCCUAUCCCUUAUGGAGACGGUUUUGUGAAUGUGGCCACGGCCCUAUUUCCCGUGCCGAAAUACACGGUCUACAAAUCAGAUGGCAACUUCCAGCACCCUCGACGCAUCUGCGACCUCGCGCCCUCCCAAAACUUUCCCGAUGUCAGUUGGCACCACUCCUUUGCGGUGGGGGGCCGGUACGCGAUUGUUAUCGAGACCCCGUGCGUGUAUAAUGUGGCGGCUUUGGUGGGAGUGGCGGACGCGGCCCACAUCGCCUUCGACUGGCGCGAUAAUGCGCCGACGACUCUUCGAGUUGUAGACAUUGAAAAGGGCGAGGAGGUUACAAAGCGUACAUUGCGCGAACCUUGUUUUUUCUUCCACGCGGCGAACGCGUUUGUAGAAGGCACGACGUUGCACGUCGACGUCGGCUAUUACGACGACGCGUCGAUGCUCAACGGCCUCGCGCUGGAUCGCAUGCGCGCGGCGCCGUCGACGAACGGGGCGACGCCGUCGCGGCUGACGCGUUUGUCGAUUGAGCUGGGGAGCGACGCGGACGUGCGCGCGACCCGGCUCGACGGCCCGGCGGCGGGCGAGUUCUGCGAGUUUCCCGUGGUCGACCCGCGGCUGGCGGGGCGGCGCCACCGCUUCGUCUACGCGGUGGGUUUAAAACGGCCGGGCAACGUCGGGAACCUCUUGACGCGCACAGAUUGCGAGACACAAGAGACCAUCGCGAACGGCUUCGGCGCCGUCGUCGUCGGCGAGGCGCUCGUCGUGCCGCGGCCGGGCGUGCCUGACGACUACGUGGUCAUGGUCGUGGUCCACGACGCCGCGGGCGACGCGCACCUAGUCGUCGCGUCGCCGGCGCUGGAGGAGCUCGCGCGCGCGACGCUGUCCGCGGGCGGGGUCCCGUACGGGUUCCACUCGUGUUGGAUUCCUGAGGCUUGAUGGGUUUGUUUCGAGUAAGUAGAAUGUCGU